AUGAUAAACUCACCAUCCUCACAAUCCUAUUUAUCCAAUAAAUCAUAUUUCUUUGAUGAUGACGAUGACCUGAGUGAAAUAAGUGUUAAAAGCGACUCUCCUUUGAGUACAAGUAUUAUUGACGAAUUUCUUGAUUCGCCAUCAGAAUUGAGACAUUGCAGCUCUAACCCUGAUAUCAAUGAUAUUAGUGUGGAUCAAAUUGUAUUAUUUGGUGAUUUAAAAACUAAAACCAUUUCAGACUCCACAAGUUGGAAAAUUCAAAAGAAGGAUAAUAUCACAAUUGAAAGAAUAACAGGUCAUGGAAAAUUAUUUUGUGGAACAAGUAUUGAUUCCCUUCAUAUAGUGUACGACAGCACGUCUGACGACAAAGAAUUGAGAUCCAACACCAAAUCCAUUCAACUUUUUGGUGGUAAGAUUUACUACUUUAAAUAUUUGAAAUUUACCAAGUACAGCAAAGUGAUUCUUGCCUAUCGGAAUAAAUAUAACCUGUAA